UUCUGAUGAUGAAGACAGGAGACCUGAAAGACCAAAAACUGACAUACCUCCGGAAUAUUGGCACAUACAAAAACUAAUAAAAUAUUUGAAAACUGGGAAUCAAACAGCAACUGUCGUAGCUCUCUGCUGUCUCAAAGAUCAUGAUCUGACCACAGAAAUCAACCAACUGGCCAUACAAGAAAUUGGAGGACUCGAAAUUCUCAUAAACCUUCUAGAAACCAAAGAUCUCAAAUGUAAACUGGGAGCACUAGGAGUUCUCACCGAACUGUCUGUCAACCAAGACAUUCGACGUUCCAUAGCAGACUUGGGUGGCAUACCAUUAUUAGUUAAGAAUUUAACAGAGCCUGCUAGAGAUUUGCAAAUUCUUGUUGCCGAAACGAUAUAUAACGUUGCUCAGGUCAGGAAAGCGAGGAAGCAUGUCAGGAAAUGCAACGGCAUUCCAAAAUUGGUGGAUUUUCUGGAUGUUAAUGAAGCGUUUUUGAUGACUCCAAAAGAGCAGCUACAUCAAGAUGAUCAGGAGUUGGUCAAUAUUGCCAAGGCAGCUGCUCGGGCGCUAUGGUCAGUUUCGAGAAGUAGCAAGAACAUACAAGUAAUGAUGAAGAGCGGAUCUGUCCCGUUACUAGCUAGACUUUUGAGGUAUCAUUUAGAAGUAUUGCCACGAAUAUUUGGAAUAAAGUAUAUGUCCAUAAUGCAAGUCACCCUAUAUAUAAAAAAGCAGGAAUUUCCAGCUUUGAGGAGGUAUUGCGCCGAAACAAUCUUCAAAUGCAGUGAAAAUGCUUCUACCAGGGAUAUGGUAAGACAGUCUGGCGGUUUGGAUCCUCUAGUAAACAUGGCUCGAGACCCAAAAACGAAAGAGGAUAAAUCACUA